AUCAGUGCUGGCCGUCAUUCAUACCGGCCUUAUUGGAAGUAUUGCGCAUAGUUCAGGUGGCGCACAACAGGCUGACUGGUGCACACAGUGGGAAAGGUGUGGUUAUGGCUCUUUAAUAAAUAAAGGAAUGGGGGGGGGCGUGAGGCAGAGAGAGAAACAGUAGGUUGAGGUACAGACCUCAGAGGCAGAAGGAAUUUGUGGCUCCUUCAAGAACGUGCAACCAAUUUCGUUAUGAAUGAUAACCAGGCAUAUGGUCCCACGUAUGACAACAUCGGGUUCCGCCAUGAGGAAGGGAGACCCCCUCCUACUGCCCCAAAGCAGGGUAUUUACCCUAACCUCCCACAAGCGACCCCCAGCUACAUUGCAGUGCCUCCCAAAACCAUCAACACCCACCACACCGUGGCACCUGGACCUAACCCGAACCCGCACAACACGGGACCAAAGACAGGAACAAGGACAUGUCAGGGGAAACAUAUUCUAAGUGCAUCACUGACUGUGCUUCUAAUCCUGGCAGUUGCCGCCACACUAGUCUGGUAUUUCCUGUCCUACCAGUGUUUACUGGGAAGGUUGUGUGGCAAUGGGGGCAAGUGUUUGAGCCCCUCCCAGUGGUGCGACGGUGUAAAGGACUGUUCUCGCGGCGAGGAUGAGUCUCAGUGCUUUCGCCUCCACGGGACAAACUUCAUGCUUCAGGGCUACUCGUCAGACACGGGGGCCUGGAUGCCCGUGUGUGCUGAAAACUGGGACGACAUCUACGGGAGAGACGUGUGUGAGAGGAUGGGGUACAAGAGACAGGACUAUAAGUCCUCCACCCAAACCAGCCCAGGUUCUUUGGCCUCAAAGGGAUACAUGAAGCUGAAGCCUGGAAGGAACAAUGGAUCAAGUAUACAGUCCCUUCUCUCUUACAGCCAAUGGUGCUCAGGCCCAGCAGUCAGGCUUCAAUGUAUUGCAUGCGGAGUGAGUUCAGCUCUUCCGGGUCCUCGCAUUGUGGGUGGUACACAAGCAGCGCAAGGGGCGUGGCCAUGGCAGGUCAGUCUGCAGAUCGACGGCUACCACGUUUGCGGAGGCUCCAUCAUCAGCCCCCGCUGGAUCCUGUCGGCCGCACACUGCUUCCAAGAGUUCUCCUAUGCUAAAAUGUGGAAUGUACAGUCAGGCGAUGUGAGCUUGGGUUUGAUGAGCCUCCGCUCAGGAGCAACAGUUAAAAAAAUUAUCAUACACGCAAAGUUCAACAGGCGUAAUAACGAGAACGAUAUCGCCCUGCUCAGGCUAAAUUCGCCUCUCCAAAUCACAAGUACGGUGAGGCCAGUGUGUCUCCCCAACUCAGCCAUUGACCUGUCUGCUGGACGUCAAGCCUGGAUCACGGGAUGGGGAUCACUGCGAUCAUCUGGUGUUUGUAUUUUCCAACUUCCCAUGUGUCCUUUCUCAACUUGUCAUUCCUCGACAUUAGAUUAUUUGUCCAGAUUGUGUCACUUAUUUUUUAAGGCUGAAAGUCCCAGUAAGGAAACAGUGCUUUCUACACUUUUGACUGAGCUAACCGGGUGUGGUUAUCGUUGCUAUUUCUCAGGACCUUCUCCGGACCACCUCAACCAAGCCGAGGUCACCAUCUACAGCAGAGAGACCUGUAACAGGGCUCAAGUGUUUGAUGGAAAGGUCACUAAGACCAUGAUCUGUGCCGGCAGGCUGCGGGGAGGAGUUGACACAUGUCAGGGGGACAGUGGAGGGCCCCUGGUGGUCAAGGAGGGAGAUGUAUGGUGGCUGGCAGGGGACACUAGCUGGGGGAUUGGAUGUGCUAUGAGGAACAAGCCAGGACUCUACGGCAAUGUCAGCUACUUCAUCAACUGGAUAUAUGAACAAAUGCAGAAUGAUUGACUGAGUUCUGGAUGAACCCAAAGACAAACCUCUUUCAUCAAUCAACGCCCUUCCUUUAUUAAAAACAGUGCACUUUAAAUCUGAAACUUCAAAGGAACUUAUUGAUCAGCAAUAUUUUUGUGACACGUAACAAGAAAGCUUUUCAAAUAUAAAUGUAUCAUCAUAUUAUGUUUAUAUUAUUCUUCACAUUAGCACAAAUUAAAUAUAACAUAAAUCAAGUUGUUUAUUUG